AUGAAGAACAAGUUGAUGUCACAACAAUCACAUUCACAGCAACAAGGAAUGAGUAAUUUUGAUAUGAAACAAAGAGUACUCACCGUAAUAAACAAAGUCGGAGAUCGCGAUACGCAUCAAAUCGAAACCAAUCAGCUUCGCGCGAUCCUCAACUCUUUAACUCCUCAAUCUAUAUCCCCGCUCCUCUCGUGCAUACUCGAAAUUCACUCCGAAUAG